CCGUUUCAUAGAAUCGGCUGGCCGUCGCACGGUCUCUGGUGACGAACAGGCCACGCGUGACUGCUCUUAAUUACUUUCGCUACUCUCUCUUUUUUAUUAGUUUUGUUUCUCUCUGUGGUUUAUCGCACUGAUGGUUGUGGAGAAGAUGAGUGCGGUAGAACCUGACAUGGAAGAUCUGUUCCAGGAUAAGAAGCGUUACAGGAACCCUCUCGUUCCUCUCGGCGCACUUAUGACUGCGGGAGUGCUUACGGCUGGGCUGAUUAGUUUCAGAAGAGGCAAUUCUCAGAUGGGUCAGGUUUUGAUGAGAGCUAGGGUGGUCGUCCAGGGUGCUACCGUUGCUUUAAUGGUUGGAACUGCCUAUUACUACGGUGAUAAUCCAUUGCUUUUGUCUGUAAUCCAUGAAACAGAAGCUCUUUCACCUAAGUCUUCAUCUGCAGCGACAAUAGCUCUUCUGAACCAGAAAGAUUCAUCUUCAAACUCUAUAAUCUCUAUUUUAUGUAUGGUCAUCUCUGUUCUUGCUCUUGUCAUCGUUUUUCUCGGUGUCCUCCACAUAAUUUUCAAAUUUCUCCGUAAGUCCUCAACUUUCUUUCCAUUUCCCCAUUUCAACCCCAGCCCAGAUCUCUCGUCUUCCUCCUCCCCUCAGCUCCAACACCUCUUCUUCCUCCACGACUCUGGUCUAGACCAGACAGCUAUUGAUGCACUUCCGGUGUUCCUUUACGGUGAUGUGACCAUGAGUCUGAAAGAGUCGUUCGAUUGCGCCGUAUGUCUCAGUGAGUUUUCUGACGCAGACAAGCUUAGGUUACUCCCUGUCUGUAGCCAUGCGUUCCAUCUUCACUGUAUCGACAUGUGGCUUCUCUCCAACUCCACUUGCCCUCUCUGCAGACGGUCACUCUCAACCGCAAACUUCGAUUCCUCAAGCUUCUGCUUCAACCACGCCGAGACUCCUGUUGCCCCCUUGUCCGAGCAUCAGCAGGUCAACGAAGGAAAAGUAACUAUUUCCAAAAGAGUCUUCUCUGUUCGUCUCGGGAGAUUCAAAAGUACGAACGGGAUUCAAAGUCAAAGCCAACGGCAUGAAGUCAGAGGUGAAAUUGGGAUGGGCGUGCCAAGGAGGUGUUACUCAAUGGGCACACAUCAUUAUCUUGAAUGCGAUGAAGAUUUUGAGGUGUCUCUGGCUUCGUCUCCACGUGAGGGAAACACCGGUAAUAACUGCUCCGUACACGAGUGUAAAUCGGUAAAACAGGACUCUGGUGGUUUGGAUAGGUUCUAACGUACUGUGUAGUACGAAAGAGAGUAUGUCUAUGUCAAUGGUUUUGGUUGGAGAAGAAGAAGAGAGUAUUAUGGUUCGGGUUUAAUAAACAAACAUGUAGGUUGCCUCAAGGAGACAAUACUUGAGUAAUUAGUUUGUUUUCC